GCUGUGUGCCGAGUUCCCUCCCACCUCUUAAGUCAAUGUUGUGGAGCUGAUCGUGAACGCACCGUGGCUCAGUGCAGUUUUGGCCUGGAGCUGCAAGGAGCGGGGGGAACCCACACAUGCAUCGGCUUCCUCCAGGAGACAGUCGGUGUCUGUCUUCAGUCCUCAGUGAGCUCUUGGUCUCAGAAAGACCGCUGCCUGACAGGAUGGAGGGCAUCUGCUGCGAACGCACCGCACCAGCUGACCAAGUGUUAGUGUGGACCCUGGUGCUCCUGCGCGUCUUUUGACAAGAAAACAGACAUCUGCAUGUCAACAUUUAGUUUUUAAGAGUCAGCUGCUCAGGAAAUGUGUAUUAGUAUCCGCGUGGAUCCACCGACAGCGUUGUCGCCUCUGAUUUUGCGCAAGCCACGAGGCUGUCAGUGGACCGUGUGGUUGGAGGAAACGAGGGACACGAUGCGAACCCGAUUUCCAAGUGCUGCUGUUCCCCCUGAAUAUGUGCGCCGCGCCGCCGCCCGCACCCGCCGCCCCGCCGCCAACCGCUAGCCGCUCUCCGCUCUCGUGGGCGCCAAUCCGCCUGCGAAACAUGUUCAUCCUGUGGGUCCCGGUGAGUUUGUUCCUCGGCUUCAUCAUUUCCCAGACGUGGAGCGUUCAGAUGUCGUGGGAAAACUGGGACGCCGAGCAGAUCCACCGAGGGAACGAGUUUGAGAAGCCGAGCUCCCAGCCGCACAUCGUGUUUAUCCUGGUGGAUGAUCAGGGCUUCCGGGAUGUUGGGUACCACAGCUCCGAGAUCAAAACCCCGACACUGGACCGGCUGGCAGCGCAGGGAGUCAAACUGGAGAACUACUAUGUGCAGCCUCUCUGUAGCCCCUCCAGGAGCCAGCUCAUGACCGGCAGGUAUCAGAUCCACACAGGGCUUCAGCACUCCAUUAUCCGAGCCACCCAGCCCAACUGCCUGCCCCUGGAAAAUGUCACCCUGCCCCAGAAGCUCAAGGAAGCAGGAUAUGCCACUCACAUGGUGGGCAAGUGGCACCUAGGCUUCUACAAGCGUGGCUGUCUGCCCACCCAACGCGGCUUCGACACUUUCUUCGGCUCCCUGCUAGGCAGUGGGGACUACUACAGUCACUAUAAAUGUGAAGGGCCUGGUAUGUGUGGUUAUGAUUUGUAUGAAGGGGAAGAGGCAGCUUGGGAACAGGACCGCGGCUUGUACUCUACUGUGAUGUUUACCCGAAAGGCUAUCAAUAUCUUAGCCAAUCAUAACCCUAGCAGACAACCUUUGUUUCUCUACCUAGCCUAUCAGGCCGUUCAUUCCCCGCUGCAGGUCCCUGCCCGCUUCCUUGAGCGCUACAAAGGCAUUCCGAACUUGCAUCGUCGUAAAUAUGCCGCCAUGGUGUCUUGCCUGGACGAAGCCAUCCACAACCUCACGUUAGCACUAAAACGCUAUGGUUAUUAUGACAACACAGUUAUAGUGUACUCCUCAGAUAAUGGAGGCCAGCCAUUAGCUGGUGGAAGCAACUGGCCCCUGAGAGGGAGUAAGGCCACCUACUGGGAGGGGGGCAUCAGGGCGGUGGGCUUUGUCCACAGUCCGUUGUUGAUGAACAAAGGGACAAAAUGUCGAUCUUUGGUCCAUAUCACUGACUGGUUUCCCACACUGGUGACCCUGGGUGAAGGUACUAUAGAUGAAGAUCUAAAUCUGGAUGGGUAUGAUGUCUGGGAGGCUAUCAGUGAAGGUCGCCCAUCGCCUCGGCAGGACAUUCUUCAUAACAUCGACCCAAUCUACAUCAAAGCCAAGAACGGUUCAUGGAAGGCUGGGUAUGGCUUAUGGAACACAGCAGUCCAGGCUGCACUCCGGGUGGGCCACUGGAAGCUUCUGACUGGUGUUCCUGGUUACAGUGACUGGGUGCCCCCACAGACCUUCUCCAACCAGCGGCUUACCAAUCGCUGGCAUAACGAGCGCAUCCGCUGGGACCGGGGUAAAUCUGUCUGGCUUUUUAACAUCACAGCUGACCCUUACGAGAGAGUGGACUUGUCUCUGCGCUACCCACACAUAGUGAAGAAGAUGCUAAUGCGACUAGCGCACUACAACAAGACUGCAGUGCCAGUGCGCUACCCAGCCAAAGACCUGCGUUCUAACCCUCAGUACAAUGGGGGCGUAUGGGGACCCUGGUACAAAGAUGAAAGGGAAGAGCAGGAGGAGCAUGACAGAUACAAUCAUUUUUUCACCAACCAUCUUGGAAAAAGAAGGUGGAAAAAGAAAUCAAACAACAGAAAGCUGAAAAGGAAGGUAGAAGAAUAGCUUGCCCCAUUUUAUUAAACACUUCAGUUGCUUUUUCUCAGGGAUCAACAAUUCCUGUUUCAGGAUUGUUUUCUUCGAACUCCAGUUAAUAUUAACUUGACUCCAGUUUAUACUGUAUGUAAAACAAUGCAGAUAGACCUUUUGAAAUGCCUCAAUAGAAUAAGGAAAAGAUCCACUCAUUCAAACACUACUGUCAUGCCCAGACACAGCUAAGACCUCAUUUUAUUGUUAGGGGCAUUUAAAGAAUGUUUAUUUUUCUAGAUUGUGUUGCAUGCUUGAACUGUUGUCACCUUUGAAGUGCUCCAUAUAGCCACAUGUCACUUAGAGUAGGAAAUCUUUUUUUCAUUGACAGUUGCCAUAAAUUUUGGUGAAAUAGUAAUAAAGACAGUUCUACAAUGUUGAUUGCAGUGACAGUUUUGUGGAAACAGAUGUAGGAUUAAUGUGAUAUGAAAGUUGAUGUAUGUUGGUUUUAUAAGCACAGUCUGUCUGAACCUAGGAAUAAUAGAUGUUGUUCCCUCUUUUAGUUGAUGUCUAGUCUGGCACCAUGCCAACCUGAAUGUAAGACACACUAAGGGAAAUAAAAGCUCCAGACACAAA